AUGUACGACUACGGGCCACUACCAGGCUCCGGCUUCUCCGAGGUUAUUGUGCAGCUUGACCGGGAGGGUUAUCUGGAUCUGAUUAAAUGUGCGGAAAUUUUGAGUGUUGCGAAGGUGACAGCUCGCCGAAAGCUUGAACACUUGCAUGAUGGUAUCCUCCCAGCGGAUCUGAUAGAGUCCUAUGCAGAAGUGUCAAAUGGCGUACCAGUUAUAGCUCUGGCCGAAUACCCCCCCCUUUGCCAGUACGACGCAAGGUCGAAUACCUUCCACACACCACAGAUGAUGCGGCCUCUCCAACCGUGCGGUAACUGCACUUGGCGCAAGCGGUACUUGUACGCGGGCGAAUUGCCUGCCGUGAUGGAUCCUGACGGGUUCCUUGCUGUCACAAGCAUGGAUGUCGGUCUCGAUCUGGAUGUGAAGCCGCCGCGCAGUGGGCUUCACUAUUGGCUUGAUAUCUUUCAUGCAUGGACGUCGACGCCUCCUGAGCAGAGGAUGGACUGGAGCCGCCCAAUUGCAUCCAUUUUCAUGAUAACGUAUGAUCUCGCUCAAGAAAACAGGACCCAACGCUACGCUGUCAUUUUCAUAUGA